CAGCCAGUUGGGCGGGGUAUAAAUAAAAUUAUUAUUAUUAUUAUUAUUAUUAUUAUUAUUGGCAAUAUGGAGGGGGGUAGCCAACAAAGGCCUUCUGCUGGCACAAAUCCUCUUGGCUGUGCAAUGGGAAUUCCCCCACCUCUUCUGCCUGCACCCCUAAAUCUAUUCCUAGGGGUCCUCCAAACAUCUAAAGCAGAUUUGAGGCAGGUGGAGAGGGCAGAGAAAACCUGUUUGCUGUUCCUUUUCUGCUGUUAGUUCCACCAUAUUGCCUAAUGUCCAGACUCUUUCUUUGCAGGUGGUUGCUAUCAACAACGAGACCUUAAAUCUACGGAGCCUUGUGGGAGAUUGCUGAAAUAUUCCCGAGAGAGGGAAUCUCCGAGUUCCCAAUCCCUGUCACAAGGAGGAGAAACAACCAGUGGAGAAGUCGGGCGAAACAGCCCCGUUCAAAGGGAGCAUCAGCGCUGCAAAAUGUCACCCGGUCGACAUGGGAGAAAGGAAGGAUUCCUGUCCCAAGUGUGGGAAAAGCUUCUGUCACAAAUCAGCACUCACUGCACACCUGAGAAUCCACACAGGAGAGAAGCCGUACCAGUGCCACGAUUGUGGGAAAAGCUUCAAUCAGAGCUCAGCCCUGACUCAGCAUCAGAGGAUCCACACUGGGGAGAAACCCUACGCCUGCCUCAGCUGUGAGAAAAGAUUCAGUCAGAGCUCAGCCCUCACUCAACAUCAGAGAAUCCACACCGGGGAGAGGGCUUACGCGUGCCUUGAUUGUGGGAAAAGCUUCGUUUACCAGUCGGCCCUCAUACGGCAUCGUAGAAUCCACACUGGAGAAAAAUGCUACAAGUGCCCUGACUGUGGGAAAGGCUUCAACCAAAGCUCUAACCUUAUUACACAUCAGAAAAUUCAUAAUGGGAUACCUUGCAGGAGCAAGAAGAAGACGCCUGAGCAGCAAGUUUGUGAGCCAUUAGAACCACCUGGAAUACAACGAGUUUCCCCUCACAAUCCUCAAGUGGAAAAAGAGAUUCGGAACCAGGGAAGUUUGCAGAGAAACCCCUCAGAGCAGGCCCAGGAUCAAGUCGUUUCUAGAACAGGUAGUUUCAUAUCUCAGAAAGAUGUCACGAUAAAGACAAGGCCCGCUAGGGUUAAGAGGCCACUCGUAUGUCACGACUGUGGAAAGAACUUCAAGUACAGUUCCCAUCUGGUUAACCACCUGAGAAUACACACAGGAGAGAAACCUUACGUCUGCCCAGACUGCGGGAACAGGUUCAUUCAGAACUCAGCCCUUAAGAGGCACCAAAGGAGCCACAGAGGCGACAGGCCCUAUGGAUGUUCCGACUGUGGGAAAACCUUUAGCCGGAACUCUCACCUGGCGAAACAUCGAGUGAUUCACACGGGAGAAAAACCUUACGAGUGCCUUGACUGCGGGAAGAAAUUCAGUGUCAAAAUGAACCUAGUGAUUCACCAACGGAUUCACACGGGAGAGAAGCCAUAUAUGUGCUUGGAGUGCGGGAAACGCUUCAGCCAGCGACCCCACUUUAUGAUCCACCAGAGAAUCCACACGGGAGAGAAACCUUACCAGUGCCCCGAAUGCGGGAAAAGCUUUCGCGUGAGUUCGCACCUUGUCGCACAUCAGAGGAUUCACGCGGGGAAGACGUCGUUCAUAUGUCCGGACUGCGGGAAAAACUUCAGUGGUAGCAAGCAGUUUAUUCACCAUAAGAUGUCCCAUCUCAUUGGAGAAAGCUAUCAGCUGCCCAUUGCAGCUGUGACCAUUAAGAGUGACCCAUUUGCCCCCGGUUCUGUAGGUCAGGAAGGCAGUGGCUACAGUCCUGGAGCGAAUCAGCAGCCCCCGCCACCCAUCACGCCCUUUCUGUAUUGCUCUCUGCCGCCACUAUAUUUUGAAGAAGCCGGAUGUCAGAAACAGGCGCCGCCAUGGAAGCAGGUGAGUGACGAGGUGCGAGUUCGUGUUGAAUUUCUUGCCGCAGUCGUUGCACUUGUAGGGUUUUUCUCCCGUGUGGAUUCUCUGGUGGAUAAUGAGGUCUGCGCUCCGGCAGAAGUUUUUGCCGCACUCCAGGCAAAGUGCCUGCAGCAUCACAUGGGAGAGAAAUUAUUUCAAUGCCCCAAUUUUGGGGAAAGCUUCCUGGGCCGCUCAGAUCCUUUCGAACAUCAAGCCGAACUGUACAGAUGCCUGGAGUGUGGGAAAUGUUUCACUCACAGCAAGAACCUCAGCACUCAUCAGAGAAUCCACACUGGAGAAAAGCCGUACAAGUGCCCCGAAUGUGGGAAAAGGUACGGUGCCAGCUCCACUCUGAGCCGACACAGAAAAAUCCACAUGGAAGAAAAGCCCUACAAAUGCCCCGUGUGCGAGAAGAGUUUCAGUUACAAAGCAGACCUCAUUAAACACCACCGGGUUCACACCGGGGAGAAACCUUACGUCUGCGGCGAGUGUGGGAAAAGCUUCAGUCAGAGCUCAAACUUCGUGACGCAUCAGAGAAGCCACACGGGAGAGAAACCUUACGAAUGCCCCGACUGUGGGAAAAGUUUCACUGUGAGUUCGAGCCUUAUUGAACAUCAGAGAGUCCACACGUCCGAGAAGCCCUUUUUGUGCGCGGAAUGCGGGAAAAGCUUCAACCGGAGCUCCCAUCUCAACGUGCACCGGAGAAUUCACACAGGAGAGAGGCCCUUCCAGUGCCCCGAUUGUGGGAAAGGCUUUACUAUCCUUUCCACCCUUAGUAAACACCAGAGAAUCCACACGGGAGAAAAACCGUAUAAAUGUCCCGACUGUGAGCGGAGCUUUAGGGUGAGCUCAAUUCUUACGCAGCAUAUUAGAACCCACACGGGAGAGAAACCGUAUGUUUGCCCCGACUGUGGGAGAAGCUUCAGCCAAAAAUCGCCCCUCAUCGCUCAUCAGAAACUUCACGUUCGUAAGAAAAUGCCAUAGGCGACUGCUCUGCGACAAAAGGGGCCGUCUGCACUGUACGUUUAAAGCGGUAUCAUACCACUUUGAAGACAGCCAUGGCUUCUUGCAAACAAUCCUGAGAAACUGUAGUUUGUUAAGGGUGCUGUGAGUUGCUAAGGGGUGUCCGUUCCCCUCAUAAACCUACAAUUCCCAUAAUUCCCUGGGAAGAGGGAUUGACUGUUAAACCCUUCUGAGAAUUGUAGAAGAUGGGACCACAUUGCUGUGACUGGCAAAUCAUUGAGUCGUAAUUAUCAUAGCUUGGCAUAAGAAAAUGUGCCGUGAUAGGUGAUAACUUUCACUCCUGGAUAGGUUUUCUUUCUUUCUAUUAAAAAUAUCCUCCCACCUUUACUUUUUUAAAAAAUACAACCUCCCCUUUCCUCCCGAUUCAGGAAUUGAUUAUUAAACCACUGUGACUACUGCAGUUCUGUGAGGGAAAUAAGGGUGUUCAUUGUUGCUAGGAAACCCUCAACAGACUACAGCUCCCAGAAUUCUUUGGGGGAAACCAUGACAGUGUAAAAUGGUAUCAUGGUACUUAAAACGCAUGGUGUGAAUAGAAUGCCAACUCCUUUUUUUAAAAAAAUGAGAUUUAUUUAUUUAUUAAAUUUUGUGCCCUGCCCUUCCUCCUUAAGGAUCCCGGCAUGGCAAAAAUCGGAUGUUAAAACAGUACAAUUUAAAAUAAAAAUAUUUUUAAAACUGCCUAGAAACAUUUAGGGCAUCCAGCACCAUAGUUCUUCAAACAGAAUUUUUUAAAUGAUGAAAAUACAAUAAUAAAAUAUAUUAUUUACAUUUUCUCAAAAUUACUCCCCCCCC